AUGGAAUAUAGUGCACAGUUUACAUUUCGUGAAGAAUGGUAUGAUGCUCGAUUAGCAUAUGAACGAUUUGCUGAUGACAAUACAGAAGUUCCACCUUUUGUGGUACUUGCUACUAGUGAACAAGCUGAUCUAACGCAACAGAUUUGGAUGCCAGACACAUUUUUUCAAAAUGAAAAGUUUGUUUAAAA